AUGGGCGACGCAGGCAUCUUCCACGGUGGCGACCACCUCCUCAUCCUACGCUUCUCAAACUGGCCGGAGGCAUGGCUCGACGGUAUCCGACGCCGAUUCCCACAUUUGGAGAUUACGAGUUUGCAGGUUGAUACUAGUAAAUCUGUUGAAGAGAACGUUCCAAGUGUUGGGAGAAUAGCAUCCUCCCUCGGCGCAAAGGUCUACGCGUACACAGCGUCAGCAAAGUCCACGCCGGAAUCGCGUAAAGAUAAAGGGUAUAUUGUGCCCGGCACAGGCGAUCCCGAUGGUACUAUCCCUGUUGCAUGGCACCACGGCACCACGAAAGCCGAACUGCGCCAGUUUCUGAAGGACACGAAACCAGACCAUGUUGUUAUUUCACUGCCGUUAACGGCUGCGACGCUCCACCUGUUUGAUAAAGAGGAGUUUGAGGUUUGGUCUGAUUCUUUAUCCCCCCCUUCAUCCUCAUCAAAAACACCAUCUUCAUCGUUGGAGGGAGGGGAUGACUUCCCGCCGAGAAAAGGCUUCCUGACAAAUAUAUCCCGCGGCAAAAUCGUCAACACCGACGCACUCGUCACCGCGCUCAAUAGUCAGCAAAUCCGUGGCGCGGCGCUGGACGUUACUGACCCAGAACCACUACCGGCUGAUCAUCCGCUGUGGGAUGCGGACAACGUACAGAUCAGUCCGCAUAUCAGCUGGUCAGGUGAAGAAUAUUUUUUGCGUGCUUUAGAUGUCUUGCAGCUCAAUUUAGAGCGCUUGGAAAAUGGGCAAGAGUUGGUUAAUCAAUUUCAGAGGCGGAGGGGUUAUUAG